AUGGAGAUUGAAGACAUAAGAGUCAAUUAUGUUUUCAAGAAUAAGACUGAUCUAAAACAUACACUUGCGAAAAUAGCCAUCAAGAAACACUUUCAGUACAGAAUUCAAAAAUCAUGUUUAGAAGCAUUUUGGGCAAAAUGCAUAGAUGAGAAUUGUGGCUGGUAUGUACGUGCAAGAAGCUCAAAAGUAUCAGACUACUUUCGAGUUAUCAAAUACUAUAAACACCACACAUGCUCCUUAAAUCACAGAAAUUUUGAAAAUAGACAAGCAAGUGCAAAAGUCAUCAGUAGUUACUUCAAAGAGAAGUUUCGUGACCCAGGAUCAACCUAUCGACCAAGGCAAAUAAUACGAGACAUGAGAGAUGAACAUGGGGUAGGUGUAACGUACAAUAAUGCAUGGAGAGCAAAAACACUUGCAGCUGAUGGUGUUAGAGGGUCAAAUGAGGAAAGUUAUGGAUUGUUGCCUUCAUAUUUGUAUAUGCUACAGUUGGCCAACCCUGGAACUAUCACAAGAGUAUGUAAAGAUGAAGAAAACAGAUUUAAAUACAUGUUUAUUGCUUUUGGUGCUUCAUUGGAUGGAUGGAAGCAAUCUUGUGUUAAAGAUGGAAACAAUCAAAUUUUUCCGGUCGCCUUUGGAAUUGGGGAUUCAGAAAAUGACAAUGCAUGGAUAUGGUUCUUUACAAGACUAAAAGAAGCAAUAGGAGAUUGA